CGAGCAGAUCCAGCGUGGAGAUGUACUGGCACCAAACUGGAUGCAGUAGAGUUGAGUAGAUCAGAGCAGUGGUAGUAGAGUAAAGAGUACGCUCUCUUCUAGAAACAGAGAGAGCAGAGGCCUUGCUUAGCGGAGAAGAGAUCCCAAGCAAGGAAGGAAGGCAGCGGAGAGGGGAAUGGCGGGCGGCGGCGGGGGGAGGAGCGGGCGGGGGGAGGAGGAGUACGACUACCUGUUCAAGGUGGUGCUGAUCGGCGACUCCGGGGUGGGCAAAUCCAACCUGCUCUCCCGCUUCACCCGCAACGAGUUCUGCCUCGAGUCCAAGUCCACCAUCGGCGUCGAGUUCGCCACCCGCACCCUCCACGUGGAGGGCAAGAUAAUCAAGGCGCAGAUCUGGGACACGGCGGGGCAGGAGCGGUACCGGGCCAUCACGAGCGCCUACUACCGGGGAGCCCUCGGGGCGGUGCUCGUCUACGACGUCACCAAGCCAACCACCUUCGAGAACAUCAGCCGGUGGCUCAAGGAGCUGCGCGACCACGCCGACGCAAACAUCCGGAUCAUGCUCGUCGGCAACAAGACCGACCUCAAGCACCUCCGGGCCGUCACCACCGACGACGCGGGGAGCUACGCCGAGGCCGAGGGGCUGUCCUACAUCGAGACGUCCGCGCUCGAGGCCAUGAACGUCGAGGAGGCCUUCCAGCUCAUCCUCGGCGACAUCUACCGCACCAUCAGCAAGAAGGCCGUGGCCUCCGAGGAGGACAGGGCAGCGGCUGCCGGGGUCAAGGAAGGUAAGACCAUCAAUGUCGCUGCCGCCGCCGACAAUGGCGGCGAAAAGAAGCAAUGCUGCUCAGCUUAGGAUGGACGAUGCCCAGCGGAUGUAUGUUUUGUAAUGGUUGUUUUUUGAGUUUAAAGCCUUGUUGAUUCAUUUUGUCAGAUAUCCUCCCUGCCUUGUUAUAGACCUGAAACUCACAUAUGUUCAGUUACUAUAUGAUAUAUCAAGUUCAUUGGUUUAUAUCUCA